UUUACAGAGCUCCAAAUAGAAAGAGCGAAAGGAUCACUGUCGCAGUAACAGAGGAAGAGGGAAAUCCUUCUUUCAACAAGCAACCAUGGCUGAAGAGAACAAGAAUGCUGUGAAGGAGGAGGUUCCAGAUAUUGUCCCCUUUGAUCGUACUAAAAAGAAGAAAAAGAAGAAGGUGGUAAUUCGGGAUUCUUCAAGAGAUUCUGUGGACAAGUUGGCUGACAAAACAGAAAACCUAGCAGUUUCUGAUGGACAGGAAAGUGCAUUUUCUGGUUUGAAAAAGAAGAAGAAGAAGCCAGUUGAAUCCAGUGUCUUGAAUGAAGAGGGUGGUGAUACAAGGGAAGAUUUGGAUGACGGGACUGGGGAUGAUGAAGAGGGAGAAGGAAUUGUUUUAGGGGCCUCGCAUCCAUGGGAAGGGAGUGAUCGUGACUACCACUAUGAGGAGCUUCUUGGUAGGGUUUUCAAUAUCCUUCGGGAGAAUAAUCCUGAGCUGGCUGGCGACAGGCGUAGGACAACUAUGAGGCCUCCACAAGUACUUCGUGAGGGCACAAAGAAAACUGUCUUUGUUAAUUUCAUGGACUUAUGUAAGACGAUGCAUAGGCAGCCGGAUCAUGUUAUGGCCUUUUUACUGGCUGAACUGGGGACAAGUGGAUCCCUUGACGGUCAGCAGAGGUUAGUUGUAAAGGGAAGAUUUGCACCCAAGAAUUUUGAAGGAAUACUACGGCGCUAUGUCAACGAAUAUGUCAUUUGCAUUGGGUGCAAGAGUCCUGACACUAUACUGUCCAAGGAGAAUCGCCUCUUUUUUCUCAGAUGUGAGAAGUGUGGUUCGGGACGAUCUGUUGCUCCAAUUAAAGCUGGUUUUGUUGCUCGUGUUGGGCGAAGAAAUGCUGGGGCAUGAUCAUAAGCGUCCUGUUUUUGAUCUCUAUUCAGAGGACUGGUUUGCUACAAUGGUUCACUACUGUUAUUGGUUAAUUUUGUUCUGGUCCAUUCGGACAUUGAGGAGGAGAACAGCAGUUUGUCUUUUGUUGCACUACUGUCUACUUACACACCUUUAAUAAGAUUUCGCUUCUGAUCAAUUAUCUGCUGUUUAGGAAUAUUUUAGCUUUCUUCUGCACUAUUCUGUCUGCUCGUUUCUCUGUCUCAGUUUGGAUUGUCAUUCCUUGAGUGC